CGGCGGCAGAUUGUCGUUUGUUUACAGUUGUUGCAAUGGCGACCAUCACUGAGCUGAAGUGUGCCGUGAGGGAAACGCUGGAGGCCCGUGGCGUGCUGGGCCAGCUGAAGGCUCGUAUCCGGGCAGAGGUGUUCAGCGCCCUGGAUGACCAGCGUGAACCUCGCCCGCCGCUGUCCCACGAAAACCUGCUCAUCAACGAGCUCAUCCGGGAGUACCUGGAGUUCAACAAGUACAGGUACACAGCGUCAGUACUGACUGCAGAGUCAGGCCAGCCUGAAGUUCCCUUGGACAGACAGUUCCUGGCGAAUGAGCUGAAAGUCGCAGAGGAUACAAGCUCCAAGUCUGUACCUCUUCUCUAUGGUUUAGUGUCUCACUUCCUGAACAGUAGUGACAAUGGAGGGAAGGUGUUUCUGCGGGGUGCCUCUCUGCCAACAGGUCCCUCUGCCAGCAACACAAUACCUGGACCCGAUGCCUGAAAACAGACAAUACAGAGAGUACUUGCAAAACAUGGACUGAAAAGAUGCUUUGACGCUCCAGUACAGGACAUGAAAUGUUGCGGCAUCUCACUGGACUUCAGUGACACAAUCUUCUUGUCUAUAGGUCUCACUGUGUUUUCACCUGUGUUUGAUCUACAUGCAUUACAGCAUAGGAUGUAUGAAUUCUGCUAACAUGAAUAUGAAUGCAGAAAGCAUUUCUAAGCAGUUUUUUUAAGUUGCCAAAUGACCAUAGAUGGCCUUUUCAUGUUUUGAUUGUAAUAUUUGGCUUUACUGAUUUUAGCAUCAGUCACAGUGGUACUCCUUACAGUUCUCCAUAUUCUUCUGUCUCUGGAUAAUUCAGACAGAAAUGUUAGAUUGCAUUCUAUGAUGUCUUCUCUAUUUUAACCUACAAACGUUUGAUAUUUUAAUGUUGUCUUUUAACUGUUAAAAAAAUAAAUGUUUUAUAUUUAUACACUA